AUGUCAGAGGACUCUGAUCGCAAGCGAUCAUUCGAGGAACUGCAGGAAAGUAACCAGGUUUUAGGACUGGCUGUCCAGCGAACAAGAUUAGCUGUCAAAAGAUUAAGAUUGGAAUAUGGCUCGUUGCUCGAGCGCCUUGAAAGCAGGAUAAAUAAAGACCCAGAGUUGUGCUAUGAAGAUCCAUUACCAUCGUUAGAAAGUUUCAGAAUGCAGAUUUUAGAGGACACGCCCAAAUCCAAGACGAAGAGAAAAAAGGGAAAGGAACGGGACCCUAAUCUUCCAAAGAGACCAACGAAUGCAUACCUACUUUUCUGCGAGAUGAACAAAGAAUCCAUGAAACAGAAUGCAGGACCUAAUGACGUUUCUAAAGCCUUGACGGAUGCAUGGAAGGCGCUGGACGAAGACGGAAGAAAGCCCUACUACAAGUUAUAUAGCGAAGAUCGCGCCCGGUACCAGAAAGAAAUGCAGGCUUAUGCCAAGAACAAGACUACGAGUGACAAGCGGCCGAAGAAAGAAGAAGACGACGACGAAGAGGAAGAUGCGGAAGACGACGACGACACCGACGGCACCCAGCCUGACGUGGACGCUUCUGCCGAUACCCCAAUUGCAUGA